AUGUCUAAAAAUGGUACAACUGGUAAUAAAAAAAAGAAAACGAAAUUAUCGACAGCAGCAACAAUUGCAGCAAAUAUAGCAAAAGCGAAUGCAACAUUAAAUAAUAAUAAUAAUAGUAACAAUAAUAGUAAUAAUACAAAUAUAGGUAAUUCAAUUAAUGGUAUACCAUCAUCAUUACCACCAUCGGUUACAUUACCAGUUGAGGAAUUAAUUUCAUUUGCACCAGAAUGUUUACUAUUUUCACAAUUAUUAGAAUUUGAAGAGAAAUUAGAUGCAUCAAUCAAUAAAAGAUUAAUUGAUAUUCAAGAAGCGUCAAGAAGAAACAGUAUUAAAAACAUUCGUACACUUCGUUUAUCAAUCUAUAACACAUACUCCAACCAAUCUGCAUACUAUCAUUUAGAUAAUAAAUCAUUAAAUUCCGUUCAAGAAAGACCAUCAUGGUCAUUACGUGUUGAAGGUAAAUUAUUGGAUGAAUCUCAAGAUGAACUUGUAAAUAAAUCAAUUAAAUCCUCAUCAUCAUCCUCCUCAACAGCAAAUAAAAGAAAGUUUUCAUCAUUUUUUAAAAAGGUUUUCAUUCAAAUUGGUCAUAGAGAUACUUGUGAAUGGGAUAAAUCUCAAACUUUUACUGAAACUGAUGGUUUUGAAAUUAAAAGAAAUGGUAACCAAGAAGUUGAUAUUAAAAUUUUAAUGUAUUUAGAUCACGUACCACAAAAAUAUAAAGUAUUAGGUGGACUUUCUCAAUUAUUAAAUAUUCACACAGAUACCAAACCAAGAAUCAUUUUAGCAUUAUGGCAUUACAUUAAAUCAAAUACAUUAUUAGAUGCAGAAACAAAGAAAAUUACUUGUGAUGAAAAUUUAAAAAAUAUAUUUAGUUUAGAAGAAUUACAAUUUAAUCAAAUACCACAAUUAUUAAGAGAACAUUUAUCACCACCUGAUCCAUUAGAAUUUCAAUAUACAUUACAUUUAUCAGGAGAUGCAAAAGAUUAUGAACAAGCAUAUGAUAUUCAAGUUGAAGUUGAUGAACCAAUCUUUAAUCCAAAUCCAACAAUGAGAAAAGAGAUUUCACAAUUGAAUGAUGAAAUUAAUCAUCAUAUUCAAAAAGUUUAUCAACAUAAGAGAAAACGUGAAUUCAUGGAAAAAUUAUCAUCUGAUCCAUUAGGUUUCUUAAAUGAUACAACAGCAAAUUUAGUAAAAGAUUUCCAAGUUUCAAAAUCAACAACUUCAACUGGUUUCGAAGAGGAAAGACAUGCUUCUUUCUAUUAUCAACCAAUGACUGAAGAACUUGUAAAAAAUUAUCUUUCAAAACAAACCACUCCAAAUCCAACUCCACAACAAAUUUCAAUGGCUCCUUCAACUCCUCAAACUCCUUAA